AUGGCGCUUCAUCUCACGCCACUGAAGCGCAGUCAGUUACUGGAUCUAGGGAAGCUGGUGGAGUCGGUGUUGCAUUCAUCGUGCUCCUCCUCGCUUGUCUCCUCAGGUGGGAUGUUGAGUGGUGGCAACGGCGUUGUCCACCAGGUUGAUGCUAGCGUAGCCGAACACCCUUUUGCUUGUGGGGCCUUUUGUGACGUCUUCGAGGAUCCCUUGACGCGAAACGCAUGGCGCCUCUACGACAAGAUGCUCUACCUUGUGUGGUGGUCCCACCGUCCGCCAUGCUGCACCGAGUGUGGCAUGCAGGAUGCCUGGGUGCCUUCUGCGGAUAGUGAAAUGAAGUGCUGGCAGUGUGGUACGGGGGCCGGCACCACGUUUGUGAAGGACAUUGUAGAAGAUCUCCCCGCCUUGGAGAACGAGGACGGUGAGGAAGAUGGUGACAGUGAUGGUGGUGAUUUAGCCGGGGAGGGUGGUGGGGGUGCCCACACUGCAGGCGGCGGCGGCGGCGGUGGAGGUCCAGUUGCAUCGUACACAUUUUUCUACGAAUGGCUUUCUCAUGUGCAGCUGAUGGAGCGCGGGAAGGAUGUGGUGCUUCCGGCGGGAGAGAGUCUUGCCGCCGUGCUGCGUGCUGCGUAUGACCUGGCGCUGUUGUUUGUCAUGCCCGGGUUGCCGACGACGGCGGUUGCAGUGUUGCAGGGUGGUGCGUUGUACCUGAGUCUUGUGCUCCAUCGUUUUCCUGCACCGUUCCCGUUGUUUCGUUUGGCAGGCCGUGUGGAUGUGUCGCAACAACCACACAGUGCUCAUGCCACCGCCGCCUCGAGCACACGGUUGGCGGUGGGCAGGGAGGAGCAGAGGGAAGAGUUGCAGUGGGUCGACGUGGAGCUUCUCGCGGCACUCAUUGGAGUCUCAUUAUCCGACUUUUUUGAAUCUUCACAGGUGGCGGUGCAGUACUUACAAAAUGUCAUGACUGUAGCGGCGACCUUUGCCGUGCCCAGUGUGCUGUGGCACCCACAGCGUGUAGAAGGACGUGCAGAGUACAUGAUGACGUUGCGGCAGAGACGGCGGUGUUCUUCUUCACUUUACUCCACGGCGGUGUCGAGUGGCCUUUCACCGGAGCACACGGCGAUGAUUGUGGCAUUGGAGCUCGCACGUGCAUUUGACUCUCAUCCUUGUGAUUCCGUGGAACACACCGAACGCAUCGGUGCGUGGUUGGAUCGUCAUGGCCUAUAUCCACAGCGCCAAGUCUAUCACAAAAGUAGCAAUAUCAAAAACAAAAACAAUAAUAAUAAUAAUGGGAAUGAUGGUAAUUAUUAUUAUUUCCAUCAUUCUUGUCAGGGUGUUCAACAGUCGCUGGGAAAUGGUCAUGAAUCCGAUAAUUUGGCGACAACGAGUUCACCGUUAGCUGCCAUUGAUGACACGGCAUGGUGGACAUCACCGAUCACCACUGAAACAUCCCCCUUUGCCGGAACGAUGCAGGCUGUCUUGUUGUCGCCCUGUGCAAAUGCUCUUCUGUAUGUGUUUGCGAGUGCCUUCUCGAUGCCAGCGCUGGAGUUAGCGGAAAUGGCGGUGAGCAGUGGGCUUUACAGUGGCCCAACGCGCUUCUUUGACACGUUGCGGCAGGCGGCACAGUCAGGCAACUACACACUCAUGCCGCUCUCUCGGCGACUCUCGCCCAUCAUGUCUGUCUGGACGAGCGCCUACUUUGCUCUGCAUUCCGAGGACCGAUUGCCUCUUUUGGCUGCCCUGCAGCACAUGCGCGCUGCAAAUACUCGUGAGAAGGAAAUAUCUGUGGCACGUGUGGUGCAGCGCAUUCUACGCAAACAUCAUGCGUCACGUCAAUAUCAGUUUAACUACUCCAUACGCGUUGCGGACGACUCCGAGAAACAGCAGUUCAAGGGGGUGUACUUUCUUAGUUUUGUGACGGAGCGCUUUGCCGUCUACACGGGUAUCCGCUCGGCGAGAAAGACGGUGACCUUUGAUGCCGAGACAGGAAAAAUUGCGCUCUGCAUUAUUGGCGCGAAGGAGCAGCAGGUGGAGUCGCUUGACGUUCAGUUCAACGGCCCAAUUGUAGCCCAGAUUGAGACAGAGAGUGCGAAAUGUGUCAUUGACUGCGUGUGCCAGUCGUUGGGUGCGGAACUUUGGCAAGUGACGGUGCGUCAUUUGGAUCGAUGCGGUCGAGUGCGACGGCGCAUGCGUGUUCCGAUGCUCGCGUCGCGUCUCGAUGCGUUGGCCUCUGUGCGUGAGGCGACAGCGAUGGCAUCUCACCCGAUUGCGGGCCACACCACAUUGCUGGGAUGGGGCGAGACAGAGGUCCUCUUCACGUCGUUACCGGACGCGCACGACGCCGCGUACGCCGUGAGACUACGGCGGGAAUUGCAGCAGAAUCUCUUCUCUUUACCAAAACCGUCGCUUGUCUUUGGGAUUUCGGAGAAUCGUAUCAUUGCAAUGUAUGCCUCGCUGGUGGCGCUGCUGGAGCGCAUUGAGCAGCAGCUCUCACAGCCUUUAUUCGGUGCCGUCUCGUCGUUUUUGGUCUCCGCACAAAGAAGUGGCGGGUCCGCUGCAACAUGGGUGGAUGUUUUGUUGGGCGAGGAGGAUGGGGGGGAGUCGGAUGCGGUGCAUGCAGGCGGGACACGUCGGCUCAAGGACACACCGCUCUCGCAAAUGAAUGGUGGCAGUGGUCUUCCGGAGAGCCCCAUGCUCCUCCCCGCCUCCACAGCUGCAUUGAAACUGGAACAGCAGCAACAACAACAACAACAACAGCAGCAGCAUGGAGCAUCGCGGCAAACCCCGCUGCGCAGUCGAGAGGUGAGGUCCGUCCCGACGUAUCAAGAAGUCAUGUUGGGACUCGCCGGCCAUCCAGGGGGUGGCAGAAGCCGUUUGGUCCCAGGCGUCCGUGUCCGCGCCGCGCCACAUCGUGAUCGGCAGCCACGCCGUGCAGCGCAGCAGCAGUCGCCCCGACGGCUUGGCGGAGAUGCGGGAGACGGGGUAGGUCACGCCCCAUCAGCGGCGCCAGCGGGCCUGGAUUGUGUCUCCUUUAACCUUUUUUGCGCCGAGGAAUGUCGAAAGCGACUGUACCGCCUCCUGGAGUUUGUUGCAGUGUACACAGCGCGGCGGCGGAAGCGUGACAGGUCCUCCACCGCCGGUCACACGGAAGCAACGGUGGUUGCGGGUAAUGGAGAGGCGGGUGCGGCAGUUCACGCGGCGGAGGCAUUGAUGACAGGCGUGAGGAAGGAGCUUCCCUCGCCGCGGCUGAAUCACAACCCGCAGCAGCAGCCGUCAACACGUGAAAAGCCAACGCUGAGACACAAUACACCGCCCACUCGGCACGGUGCAAACCCUUUGUUGAUGCCGCAAUCAUCGCCCCGCCACGGCCCGUCGUCUGCCACGAAGCCGACUUCGCCCCCCUCGAUUGCCCCUAUACAUAAGCCACAUCACCACUGCCAUUCGCGUCGUCAGCGUCGCUCGCGCCCUGCCCCUGGGGAAAGCAGCGAUGACGGCGAUCAGGACGGGCAAAGCCCCAUCAGCUCCGUCGUGCUUCACGGCAGCAGCAGUGGUGGUGUGGAGGGAUCGCCGUACUUGCGCAAGCGCAGUCGCGUGCAACAUGAUGAGGGGCGUCACGGUGGCGUCCACGAGGAGCAGACGCGAACGGUAUCACCGCGAUCUCCCUCUUCCUCCUCCUCCCUCUCUUCUUCGUCGUCUCUUUCCCGGUCAUCGAGUGUUGGAAGUUCCUCCCUGGACACGGAGAGCAGCGCAAACCGACGGUCACACCGGCGAGGACGACGACGACGACGACGAAACGCGUAG